AUGGGGCACUUUUGGCCCCCCGACUGCCAGGAACUUUACCGGGUUUGGGCUGCUCUCCUUCCCCUCGUCUUCCCACCGCUUUGCACCUAUCGAACUAUCCACCUCCUUGGCAGAUGCCCGAAAUCUUCCCCGGCGUGCAACCACUCUCCUCCAACCGCCAAUUUGCGCCAUAUGGCGGCCUCAGCACAUUCCCAACGGGCCUAUGCACAAACAAACCCCGACUCGGAUUAUGUUCCCCCAACUCAAUCCUAUCGCCGCCCACCUCCGGGGAUCAUUUCAGUCCGGGCAGCGUUCACAACACGUUCUUUCGAUGAUAACUCUCUUGUUGUCGUGUAUGCAUGCCACCCCAACAGCCAAACGCUUUUCGACGCCGAUUUGAAACCGAAACCGCCGAUUUAUCAGUCAAGGUACCAGCAUGGGCGGCAACAGCUCCUGCUUCAGGCACAGUCUACGGUGAUCGCGAAACGCACUAUUUGGUCUUACAUUGUCCAGAUCGCUUGUACUGUCAAGAAAGUCCUCGGUCAAGCUGUCAGGAUGAUUGAUGUCUCGAAGAUUCUGCUGACAGGACAAAAUCGUAUCCGUAUCAGCUCAUGCGGGAUCGUGGAUGUAUUGAUGCAUGACGCGGUUCAACAGCAGGAGGACCUCACUAUGUUUGGCCGACUGGUGUUCGCACUGUGCUGUAAUAACGUCUCAGCGGCUACCUCAGCGCGUUUCUAA